AUGGUCUUUUCCAAUGAGAGUAACUACAGACCCUUUCUUCUGACAGGCUUCCCUGGCUUGGAGGACUCACAUCCACUGAUAUCCAUUUUGUUCUGUGUCCUUUACCUAAUUGCCCUCAUGGGUAACAUCACCAUCUUGGUGGUGAUUCGGGUGGAGCAGUCACUUCAUGCACCCAUGUACAUUUUUCUCUCCAUGCUGGCUGCUAGCGACCUUGGACUCUGCGCUGCCACCCUGCCCACGCUACUCAUGCUUUUCUGGUUCAACAUCCGUGAAAUAGACUUUGAUGGUUGCCUCACCCAGAUGUUCUUCAUCCAUGUGUUCUCCCUAAUGGAAUCAGGUAUCCUGCUCACCAUGGCUUUUGAUCGCUAUGUCGCCAUUUCCAACCCACUCAGAUACACUAAUAUUUUGACCAAUUCCACCAUUGCCAAAAUAGGUGUAGGACUUUUGCUACGAGCUGUGGCUGUCAUUUUCCCAGGACCCUUUCUCAUUAAACAGCUGAAGUUUUGCAAGGCCAAUGUACUCUCCCACUCAUAUUGCCUGCACCCUGAUAUCAUCAAGCUUGCCUGUUCAGACCACCGCAUCAGUAGCAUCUAUGGUCUUAUCAUCAUCCUUAUCACCUUUGGAGUGGACUCUGUGCUCAUUCUCCUCUCUUAUGUCAAGAUUCUGAUCACUGUGCUAGGUAUUGCCUCCCGGGCAGAACAAUUCAAGGCUCUUAACACUUGUGUCUCCCACAUCUGUGCUGUGUUGUUAGUCUAUAUCCCUAUGCUGGGGGUAUCCAUUAUCCAUCGUUUUGCAAAACAUGCUCCACCCGUGGUGCAUAUUAUCAUGGGCUAUGUAUACUUACUGAUCCCUCCUGUUCUUAACCCUGUUGUGUACUGCAUUAAGACCCGGGAGUUACGCACCCGUCUUCUGGGUAAUCUACUAAAAGUAUAG